AUGGACUGGCAGCCAGAUGAGCAGGGCCUGCAGCAGGUCCUGCAGCUGCUCAAAGACUCGCAGUCGCCAAACACAGCCACGCAGCGCAUCGUGCAGGAUAAACUCAAACAACUGAACCAGUUUCCCGACUUCAACAACUACCUGAUCUUUGUCCUGACCAGACUCAAGUCGGAAGACGAGCCGACUCGGUCCCUCAGCGGUCUCAUCCUCAAGAACAACGUGAAGGCACAUUACCAGAGCUUUCCGCCACCCGUGGCCGACUUCAUCAAACAGGAGUGUCUCAACAACAUUGGCGAUGCCUCCUCACUCAUCCGAGCCACCAUAGGCAUUCUCAUCACCACCAUCGCUUCCAAGGGCGAGCUGCAGAUGUGGCCCGAGCUGCUGCCCCAGCUGUGCAACCUGCUCAACUCGGAAGAUUACAACACUUGCGAGGGGGCCUUCGGAGCCCUGCAGAAGAUCUGCGAAGACUCAUCUGAGCUCCUGGACAGCGAUGCCCUCAACAGGCCCCUCAACAUCAUGAUCCCCAAGUUCUUACAGUUUUUCAAGCACUGCAGCCCAAAGAUCCGGUCCCAUGCCAUAGCCUGUGUGAACCAGUUCAUCAUGGACCGGGCCCAGGCGCUGAUGGACAACAUCGACACCUUCAUCGAGCACCUGUUCGCCCUGGCCGUGGACGACGACCCUGAGGUGCGGAAGAACGUGUGCCGUGCCCUGGUGAUGCUGCUGGAAGUGCGGAUCGACAGGCUCAUCCCCCACAUGCACAGCAUCAUCCAGUACAUGCUGCAGAGGACCCAGGACCACGAUGAGAACGUGGCUCUGGAGGCCUGUGAGUUCUGGCUGACGCUGGCCGAGCAGCCCAUCUGCAAGGAAGUCCUGGCCUCCCACCUGGUCCAGUGAGUGCCACUGCUGCCCUCUGUCCCACCUCAGCCCCCACCCCUCGCUGAAUACAUCCAGAAGCUGAUGCCUCCGCUGAUCCAGAAGUGGAACGAGCUCAAGGACGAAGACAAGGACCUCUUCCCUCUGCUAGAGUGCCUGUCAUCGGUGGCCACCGCCCUGCAGAGCGGCUUCCUGCCCUACUGUGAGCCAGUCUACCAGCGCUGCGUCACCCUGGUGCAGAAGACCCUGGCCCAGGCCAUGAUGUACACCCAGCACCCUGAGCAGUAUGAGGCCCCCGACAAGGACUUCAUGAUUGUGGCACUGGACCUGCUCAGCGGCCUGGCCGAGGGCCUGGGCGGCCACGUGGAACAGCUGGUGGCCCGCAGCAACAUCAUGACGCUGCUCUUCCAGUGCAUGCAGGACUCCAUGCCUGAGGUCCGGCAGAGUUCCUUCGCCCUCCUGGGAGAUCUCACCAAAGCCUGCUUCAUCCACGUCAAGCCCUGUAUCGCCGAGUUCAUGCCCAUCCUGGGCACCAACCUGAACCCUGAGUUCAUCUCUGUCUGCAACAAUGCCACCUGGGCCAUCGGCGAGAUCUGCAUGCAGAUGGGGGCAGAGAUGCAGCCCUACGUGCAGAUGGUCCUCAACAACCUGGUGGAGAUCAUCAACCGGCCCAACACCCCCAAGACGCUGCUGGAAAACACAGCCAUCACCAUCGGCCGCCUGGGCUACGUGUGCCCACAGGAGGUGGCACCCAUGCUGCAGCAGUUCAUCCGGCCUUGGUGCACGUCCCUCAGGAACAUCAGGGACAACGAGGAGAAGGACUCGGCUUUCCGAGGCAUCUGCAUGAUGAUAGGCGUCAACCCUGGGGGCGUCGUGCAGGACUUUAUUUUCUUCUGCGACGCCGUGGCUUCCUGGGUGAGCCCGAAGGAUGACCUUCGGGACAUGUUUUAUAAGAUUCUCCACGGCUUCAAAGACCAAGUCGGGGAGGAGAACUGGCAGCAGUUUUCUGAGCAGUUCCCGCCUCUGCUCAAGGAGAGGCUGGCCGCCUUCUACGGGGUUUCUGUCUGCGUCGUUGGCGGGGUUGCUGGGGCGCACGCUGCGUCCGGAAGUCGCCGUGCCCUGGUCGAGGGGGGUUAG